AUGCACGUCACGUCUUUCCUCGCUCUUUGCAUGGCUGCCGUCGCGUCCACGGCUUCGGCGGACAUGCCUGUCCAGGAAGUCUACUUUGACCCCGUUCCAUCCAACACCCUCUGCAGCCAGGCCGGCUACCCGUGCAAAGAGACCGACAUCUACGCCUCUGCCAUCUGCGCUCAGCUGAACAACGACAUGCUCAGCUUCAAGGGAUGCUGCUUCGGUCUGUGCGAAAACGAUGCGCGCGUCUUCCGGUGCCGAAACACUGCGUACCCUUGCGCAAGAGGAGACGACGGCGCGACCGGGGUAUGCCGCUCGUACAACAACACCUCUCAGUUCGAGCAGUGCUGCUACCGCCGGUGCCCGCCCAACCAAAACCAGUAA